GAGAGGGCCGGGGUCUUUGACGUUCCUCACCAGCAGCACAAACCUCCCAGAACAAGUGUGAGUGUGGGUGAGAGUGCGCGCGCGCGCACGGGCUGGCUGCGCUUGGCACGCUUGGUGGCCCGGGGCCCCAGGGCCCGGGGGCCCGCCUGGCGGCCCGGGAUUACCGUGACGUCACAUUGAGCCUCUGGCCACCUUGGACUGGGACACCUCGGGAGCCGCACAGCCCCGCGCCGCGCCUCACCUUGCCUCGCCACAGCGCGACUUUGGGAACCCGCAUCCUCUCCUUUUCCUUGCCCAUCCAUGGGCCCUUCUGUCUUCCGGACCACGCGGGCCGGAGGGGCGCCUUCUGGAGCGCAGGGCUCGGCAGCCGGACUGCCCUCGGCUCUGCCUCCAGUCGUGCCAAGCGGGCGGAGGACCCGGCCCUGGGCACCCGCAGCCGCGUAAGGAACCGAGGCGGCGCACGGCUGGAGGCGCAGAAUCGCGGGGCUGAGGCAGGAACUCUCAAGAGAAGGAGGCGGUCCAGGGACAACCACCAUGUCCUUCCCGCACUUUGGACACCCGUACGGCGGCGCUUCCCAGUUUCUGGUGUCUGCAAGUUCCAGCGCCACUUGCUGCGAAUCCGGCCCGCGCUCCGUCCCAGAUGUGGCCUCAGGCUCCACCCCGGCGGCCGCUCUCUGCUGCGCGUCCUACGACGGUCGGCUGCUGGGCAGUGCGCGGCCGGAGCUGAGCGCGGCCUUGGGCAUCUAUGGAGCCCCAUACGCCGCCGCCGCCGCAGCUGCCCCGAGCUACCCAGGCUACCUGCCCUACAGCCCAGAGCCGCCCGCGCUGUACGGGGCGCUGAAUCCACAGUAUGAAUUUAAAGAGGCUGCAGGGAACUUUACACCUGGCCUGGCGCAACCAGGAGCCUAUUAUCCCUAUGAGCCGACUCUGGGGCCGUACCAGUAUGACGGGUAUGGAGCAGUGGAGUUGAGCGGCACGGGCCGCCGGAAGAACGCCACCCGGGAGACCACGAGCACGCUCAAGGCCUGGCUCAACGAGCACCGCAAGAACCCCUACCCCACCAAGGGCGAGAAGAUCAUGCUGGCCAUCAUCACCAGGAUGACCCUCACCCAGGUGUCCACCUGGUUCGCCAACGCGCGCCGGCGCCUCAAGAAGGAGAACAAGAUGACGUGGGCGCCCAAGAACAAAGGCAGCGAGGAGAGGAGGACUGAGAGUGGAACAGAGGAGUCCCUGGGCUGCCGGAACUGUGACACCAAAGAUGGAACUGCCAGCCAGGAGGCUCCAGGGCUCCGGCUGAGUGACCUGGAAGACCUGGAGGAAGAGGAGGAGGAGGAGGCCGAAGAAAAGGAGGCAGUGGCCACAGCUGCGGACAGGCUGGCUGAGUUCCAUAAAGACUCGCAGUCGCUGCCCGCGGCCUGCGGCGCCGCUCGGGAGGCCCGGCUGCAGCGCCGGGAGUGCGGCCUGGCGGCGCGCCCCUUCUCGUUCCCGGAGCCCCCGGGGUCGGGAGAAGCUGACUUCCUGCGGGCGGAGCCCGGGAGCCCCACGUUGACCAUGCACUUCCCCUGCAGCGAGAAACCGCGCAUCUGGUCUCUGGCGCACACUGCGGCCGCCGCCGGCGCGGUCGAAGGUGCAGCUCCAACCCUUCCCAGGCCGCGAAGUCCCGAGUGCCGUCUGAUUCCGGGACAGCCUGCAGGCGCGGGCGGCCGGCCCGCCAUCCCCAGAGACUCCGUGUGCGCAGAGUCUUCCCGAGUAGCCAAAGCCUUUGGAAACCGCCCCUUUGCCCCUCAGGGGCUGCCGAUGAACUGUGCGCAGUGCCCGCGGCGGAGGGAGCCCGCAGUGCACUGCCAGUACCCGUCUGGAGCAGAAGCAAAGAGGGAACAUCGACUGGCUCGUUGGCUUCUGCUGGAGAACCACCGGCCGCCCAGCAAAGCAUCCGACGAUACCAGCUCCAGCUGA